AGCCGCCAGCCGCCGCCAUGUCCCUCACCGCCAUCAGCAGCACGCCCUCCGGCGGCAGGUCCUCCGGGGACGGCGGCCUCAACCUGGGAUACAGCCGGACCAUCCCGGGACUGCUGAAGAUCGGCCAGCUGCUGUCGCUGCUCGUCGCCUUCCUGUGCGUCCGGCUGGCCCGUGGCUGGCCCAGCUGGUACGCCUUCCAGUUCUUCGAGGUGGUGGUGCUCUGGUUCCUGGUGGCCUUCCUCAUCUUCUUCCUCAUGCACCUGUGCAGGCUGCAGGUGAAGAUGCCCUGCAUCAACUGGCCGCUGGCGGAGUUCUUUCACUACUCUGUCGGGUCCGUCCUGAUCUUCAUCGCCUCCAUCAUCGCUGCGGUGAAAUGUGGCGCCGUUUCCUCCCUGGUGGUGGCGUCGGUUUUCGGGUUGAUUGCGACGUUCCUGAUGGUCGUCAAUCUGUGGACAUCGUACAGCGUCGCCUGCGGCCCGGCAGCUGGUGAACAGGAGUAAAAGUGACUCGUCCUGAAAAUGGCCGACGGCUGCGUCCUGCUCCACUUUUCUGCCCGGCAACAACCCGCUCAUCGACCCUGAUUGGAUGAAAAACAGAAUCUGGACCAAAACCGGCGAGCGGACCGGAUCAGACGGACCAGAUCAUUUUACCUGAGUUCAGUCCGGUCCGGCAGCUGAUCCGCGUCACCUUUUCUGUUUCAGCUUCAUGUUUUCAUAAAAACCUCCCAGUUUGGACCUCAGGAUGGCACUUUUCAGGCUGCUGGCCGGCAGUGUGCAGCAAAUCAUGACUUCAGACCAAAUUAAGAAGCAAACCGAUGAAUAAAUCUAAAGGAUCGUUUCUGUUGGUAAUUUUCCUGAAUCGUUCCGUUGACCUUCGACACGUUUUGUCGAUUUUUGAUGCUUUUCACUGAAUUAACAAAAAACCGUCAAACAGAACCAAAGACAGCAGAACCGGCAGCCUGUUCAUGUAGAGGAUCACAUGGACAUCUCUGCACUGAUGAAGUAUUUAAAACAAGCACACACUUAUUUACAAUAAACCUGAAAUAUUAUAAAGCACCAGAUGUUGCAUGGAUCAGAAAAUGGCCGAAGCACAGAGGGAGACAAAACGCUCAAAAUAAAACCUGCAUGUUUGUUAUAUUGGCUGAGCAGAGAAAUGAAAAGCUGAAGCGGAUUUAAAGAUGCUGAAGCACAAACUGAAGCCUCUGAUGGUUCUGCAUGUUUUUAUUAAUCUGUGAUUUUCUGUGAUUAAUCUGUCAGCAUUGAUGCACGACACAAACCCAGAUUUUACUCUCAAUAAAAACCACAAAAUACAAAAACCUGAUAAAAUGAAAAACUGUAAACUAAAGAAAUGAUUUUAAAAUGAUUUUACUUUGGGAUGAAAAACUUGAUAAAUUGCUUCAUCAAUCAAGCAACGUUCCUUCCAUCAAACAUUAGACUUUAAUAUUCUGCUAAUAAUUAAUUAAAUUCUGUAACAAAUUGUCCUCUAAAAUUCUAACUAAAGUUCAGAAAGAGAAAUGGACUUAGAUAAAAAUCUAAUUCAUUAUUUCUCCAAACCUGAUAUCAGUUUUAUUGAGUUUUUUACACAAACAUUUGAAGGCCUUAAAUUUUUGAAUCUAAGAAAGCAAAAAAAAAAAAAACUGAGGAAAAAAUCAGUUUUCUAAUUAUUUUACAGACUUUAUAAUUAUUCUCCUGCAUUAUUAACUAGCUGGUUGUUACAUUAAUCUGUGAAAAUAAUUUAAUAGAAACGUUACUGCUGCAGUGGACCUUAACAGGAUAUCGUUAGCUUACCUUUGAAGCCAUUUAAAAAAUAAAAAAGUAAAAUUAACUUUCAACAUAUUAAAUCUGUAAAUCUAUUGUAAUUAUUAUACAUGAACAGAAAAUCUCUCUGUUAAUUUUUAGUUCUGGUUAAAAGCCUAAAUUUGAUCAUGUUUUAGCUAAGUUAGCAUAGACGCUAACACUACAUAGAGGCUUCCUGAAUGGAAGCUAACUAGCUUUAGCUCAUCAGUUCUUUUUUUUUUUUAAAAGUCAGACUUUAAACAUUUAUUGAUUUUUUAAAUAAAUAUUUAUAAACUGUCUGGUAAAAUCUGUGCCAAAAUCUGCUUCUCUGUAAUUUUAGCUUGAGCUAAGUUAGCUUCGGCUAACAUGUUAGGGUAAUGCUAGUAUACUGAGUACAUACUGUGCAUUAUAUCACAUUAUAAAUGAGUAAAAACAAACUUUCCUUCAGCUUGGAGUCACUUUAGUUAAUUGAUUAAAAACUCUGGGGACAUUUUAAUGUUAUUUUGUAAAAAAAAUGCAUUUUUGCAGUGAAAGUGUUUGAUCUACGCUAGCUGCAGUUCAGUCUUUUAAAGAUGGCCAUUCUUCCAAAUAAAAUCAGUUUCCUAGUUUGAUCCUCUAACAUGAACAAACAUCAGCAAAGCUAAACUUUGGUUUUUAAUCCUCUGCUCCCUGAAUCCAAAACAUUUCAUAAGUCCCUCCUCCAGAACCAGAACCAGAUGAAAACAUGAACAGAAACAUUCCUGCCUGAUUGAUGUUUCCGUUUCCUCUGGCACCAAAUGAAGGAUUCACAUCUAAACCUGUUCAGUCUGAAUGUUUCACAUCUCUGGACACUGAACCAACAGACUGUUGAUUUUACUCUCACGGCGCUGACUCAGCGAGUGACGGCAGCAGCCCUCUGCAGCGGGCGGCCAUCUUCCCGUCUAACCGUACAGAAGCUGGCGAAUCGACCUGGACUUGGAGGCUGCAUAGAGUUUUCUUCUCAGACAAUCUUUAGAAAUGAAUCAGCUGCUGCAUGUCUCUGAGUUCAGCUCAGGUUUUCUGUCUGAUCAACUGCCUAGCUUCACACGCUGUUUGCUAAAGCUAACUCUUCUUCACCUUGUAGACGCUUCAGUGAUGGGCCACCAUGUUGAAACUGUAGCGUCGCUGCUUUGCUGCUAAUCUGGGCUCUUAUUUUGCAUUUGGAGCAGAUGGAAAUGUCAAAGCUCAGUGGUGGGCACUGCUAGCUAAAAUGUCAGCUGCGCUAACACUAAAGCGCUAAACAAACAUUUGUUUUGCUAAUGCUAAAGCGAUACAUCACAGUACUUAGCAGAAGCUAAUGCUAACGUGCUAACUUCAACCAUGUCACACUCUGCAGAGAAACCUUUUUGCGCUACAGAAAGUGAUUCUUUCACUCGUGAGUUUUAUAAUUACUGAGUUUUGCUAACACUCUUGCUAAUUUAGAAAAAUAUAGCAUCAGGAGAUUUUAACUAUUUACUUUUGAACUGCAAUGCAUUCUGGGUACAGCAUGCAUCAGGUUAUUAGGUGCACUGCAUCAUGGGUGGAAAACGUGAGGAGUUCCUGGUUUCAGAUUGUUGUGAUAAAAAAUAUUCUGGAAGAAUAUGAAAUGUUUCAUCCAAAAUGAAAAUUAUUUGAACCAAACAGCUAAGUAAAUCAGUGCUUUAGAAUGUAUCAGGAAAACCUAAUUUAGGCAAAGCUAAGCAAGCUAAAUGUUUUUAAAGUUGGCUAAAGCGCUACGCUAAACGUCAGCUCCACUGUUAGCGCAUUAGCUGAAGUGUGCCCACCGCUGCCAGUUUUAUUUCUCUUUAUUAUGAUGCUCUGCCAGGUUUUAUUCUUUUAUUUUUCCAUCUGAAGCACUCGUUUGAAUCACUGGAGAAAAAAUAUAUCAGCUGAAUAUUUAAGAUUUUGUAUUUCUAUAGUUGAAACUUUUAAUAUUUCUGACUUCAGUGUUUUGUUAUGGUUGAUUUUUGAUGAUCGUUUUUCACUCUUUUAUAUUUCUGCCUGGAUGUUUUGCCUGGAUUCAGAAGAAAUCUAUCAGUUUGUCAGAGAUUAGGCCCUAGCUGAGCCUGUUUACAGCAGAGCAUCCAACCGUUCAUCCAACCGUUUAUCCAACCAUCCAGGCCUGAUUCUGGUUCCAGGCCAAACUCCACUGUUUACAGGAUUUAUUUAGCGUGUUUCUGCAGCGGAGGCGUCAUGCUGUGGGACCUGAACGCCCUGCUAGCUAACAUUGUUUAGCUUGUUCUCCAAAGUGCCUUAUUGUUCUGUUCGUUUCUGGCUCGGUCCGAGGAGAACCGCAGGAACAGGCGUCACACAGAUCGCACGACUCCUGUUGUUUUCUAGGUUUUUCAAACCACAUCCUGUAAGUUGUUGCAUCUUUUCAAUUAAAGUCUCACUGCAUCACGUUGA